AUGGACGAACACACCUGGACCUCACGCAGCAAGUCCAGUUCGAACAGACGAACAGACGAACUGGACCUGCCGCGCAUCACUCUUGCCGGGACAUUUGCGAGGAAUAGGUCUGGUAUAGCCCACGAAACGGAGGAGUGGCAGAAAGAGAAGGAGGCCUUUGCCCAACACUCAGCAUAUAGCUGCCCCGGAAGUCAAAACCGCAACACGGUGCUCAUUUUCGUUGACGACCUUCGUGUAGACCCUUCUGUAACCGAACGCAUCAACAAACAAACAAAGGAGCGUGAUCGCUCAAAGCCCGCAGAGAAGCUCGUCUUCGCGUCCUCAAAACGCUUCAGUCGUCGCGGGAUCGGCUUGUGUCGCAUC